AUGGAGAAGAACAAUGUAGUGCAAACUCUGCUGAGUGUUAUUCAUUCUUUUCUCAUAAUUGGAAUGAAAUAUGGGCUACAGAUCCUCAAGCUCGAAUUUCUGCAGCGCACCGUGUACGUCAUCACCCCCACGUACCGCCGGCCCGAGCAGCUGGCCGAGCUGACGCGCCUGGCGCAGACGCUGAUGCACGUGCCCGCGCUGCACUGGCUCGUCAUAGAAGACGCGGCCCGCACCACGCCCGCCGUCGCCGAACUCCUCGCCAGGACCGGCGUCCGCUACGACCACCUCGUCGCGCCUAUGCCGGAGGAGUGUAACAUCCUACCAGGAGGCAAACCACGUGGAGUGCCACAGCGAAAUAGGGGCCUGCAGUGGAUAAGAGCAAACGCAUCGAGAGGUGUCUUGUAUUUUGCUGACGACGACAACUCUUACGACAUUCGGUUAUUUGAAGAAGUGCGGUCUACUGAGAGAGUAGCAAUGUGGCCUGUAGGCUUAAUCGGAAAUUAUGGUCUCAGCACACCUGUGGUUGUAGAUGGCAGGUUAGCAGGCUUCUAUGAUGGCUGGAUAUCUCAACGAAAAUUUCCUGUAGAUAUGGCAGGGUUUGCAGUGAGUGUAGAAUUCCUGUUGCAGAGACCAAACGCUUUUAUGCCGUAUGAGACUGGGUUUGAAGAAGAUGGUUUUUUGAAGAGUCUGGCGCCGUUUGAGCCCAAUGAAAUAGAACUAAAAGCAAACAACUGCACCAAGGUACUGGUGUGGCACACUCAGACUAAGAAGAAUGAACCAUCAGCACCUCUAGACAUUAAAAAAUACAACAACACAAAUUUGGUACUUCUGAAAAAACGAACUGUGUAGGGAAGUUCGUUCACCGAUGAUACAAAUGUAGCUAAAGUGCCAUUGUAACUUUCAGAAUCUAUGAUUUGAGUGUGUUUUCUGCUGAUUUCUUUAACUGCAAGUCACAUUACAUACUUCUAUUUAAGUACUGAAAAUUUUGGCACUAAGACGGGAACUGAAUAUUUUAUUGUCAAUAAACUCAUUCAAAUUAAAUGAGUUUAUAUGAUAACUUUAUCAUACAUUUAAAAGUUUACAUACUGAUGCUAAACAUAAUAAAUUCUUCUAAAUCAAAGCACACAUUCAGUUUUGAAC